GCAGAAGCAUGGCUUCGAGAGCAAGCCCAAGCGAUGGGUUGGUCUAAAGCGCAAAAACUUCAAGGUAGAUCCACGAAACAAGGUCUGGUAGCUGUGAUGGUGGACAAGAAUCAUGGAGCUCUGGUUGAAAUAAAUUGUGAGACAGAUUUUGUAGCUCGAAACAAAACGUUUCACGGUUUGGCUGAGACCAUAGUCGCAGCUGUUCUGAAAUUCACAGGGGAUCAAAAAACGGUAGACCAUGUCCACAAAAUGUUGAUGGACGCAGAAACACUGAGAAAUCUUCCAACAGACGACAGCAAGACUGUCGCUGAUCACGCAGCACUCACUAUUGGAACCAUUGGAGAAAAUAUCAGUGUGAAGAGAGCUCUCUGCAUGAGUGUCGAUCCCAGCAUUCAGCUGGUUGGUUGCACACAUCCAUCACCUGUCAACCCCAUUCCAGCCUCUUUUGGAAGGUAUGGAGCACUUCUGGCAUUCAAGUCGCCAUCUGAGAACAAUCUUCUUGGAAUGCAACUUUGCCAGCAUAUUAUUGGAAUGAAUCCAUUAAAAAUUGGUCAGCCAGAUGUCGAUGAACCUAUACCCAAUGCUGAUGAUGAAACAACCAUGAUUCACCAAGAAUUUCUACUGGACCCAAGUCUAACGGUUCAACAGGUUCUGCUAGGUGCUCAUACAGAGAUCGUCGAUUUUGCGCGAUUCGAGAUGGGAGAGAGUGCUGAACCGGAGUCUGAGGUGCCAUUAGAGGACGCAGAACCGAUAAAAAGUUGUGGUUAAACCCCAAUUAAUCCUCAUUAAAAGCUAUCAAAAUCAUUUAAACUUUACCCAGAACUAUUCAUGAUAGACUUUACUCUGUCUCCUCAAAAAAUAUGUACAUAAAAGUUUCGUUUACUAUA